CCUCUGCAGAAGCUACAACUAAAUGCAGAGGAUUCGGCUCCCACACUAUCAAAGUACUGGAAGUUUUAAUAGAUGAGAUCUCGUGGGCUCAGUCCAAGUCCAGUGCAGGGGACCAAAGAAAGGCACUACUCCGUCGUGAAGGCUAAAAAGGGAGGGGGAUCGAGGCGAGAGGAACGCCACCGAACCCAAACCCCAUCCAAUCAAAAAUUCGUACGGGAGAGCUCUCGAUUUGAUCGCCGCGACCGCGAGGAUGUACAAGUCGCGGCUGCAGGAGCUGUGCCAGCAGCGGCGGUGGGCGCCGCCGGAGUACACCCACCGGUGCGCGGGCCCCGCCCACGCCCCGCUCUUCGGCGCCACCGUCUCCGUCAACGGCGUGGAGUUCCGCACGCCGGAAGACGCCGCGCGGUCGGCCAAGGAGGCGCACAACAUCGCCGCCAAGGCCGCCUUCGACCACCUCUCCUCCCUCCCGCUGCCGCCGCCUCCCCCUCCCUCCGAAAACCAAUCUUCUUACAAAAGUCAGUUGCAAAUUUAUGCUCAGAAGAAGGGCAAACUGUUGCCUUCGUACCAAACAAUUCGGGAAGGUCCAGGUCAUGCAUCUCGGUUCAAGUCAGUAGUGACUGUAGAUGGCAAAGCAUUUGAAAGUCCGGAAUACUUUCACACAGUUAAGGAGGCUGAAUCCGCUGCAGCAAAACUUGCUCUUAUGUCCUUACCUCAAGAAGCAAGCUCAUCGGAGCAAGUGCCGGUCCAGCCAUUGUCAUACAAGAAUCUUCUACAAGAAUUAGCUCAGAAACAUGGCUUUUCCUUGCCUGUCUACAGCACAACUUCAGAUGGAUCAGUGCAGGUACCUAUGUUCAAAUCAACUGUGGUAUUUCAGGAUGGAAGUUUUCAGGGAGAACCAGCAAAUACUAAGAAGCAAGCAGAGAUGAAUGCUGCUAGGGUUGCUUUUCAACAUUUUGAAGACAGAAGAAAAAAUGCUCUUUCUUCCACUGUUCUAAGAGGACCGCAUUUGGGACAAGGAACAGUGCACAUAUCUGCUGGACAAGUCAAGAUUGCAGAACCUGUUUUUUCAGUUCCCCUAGCAUCAACAGCUACAAGCCACAGUGCAACUGGUGCUACAGAUCGUGAUUAUCACUCCCUUGGCUCCACUAAUCCCCUUCCAAUUGCUAAGUCUACAAACUGCGCUGAUGUACAUAUCCAACCUUGUGAGUUCAAAGAUGAGAAACCGGCCUUUCCAGAGCCAAAGACCGUGCUUGAAGUAAUGGACUCGUCUCCGGAGCUCACACCGUUGGAAGAUGCCUACUCAGCCCCUGUAGCCUCAACCAGUACUGUCAGUUCUAGUGGAUGCGGCUCUGACCCCUUAGCCUCAGCCAGUACUGUCAAUUCUACUGGAUGCGGCUCUGUCCCCUUAGCCUCAGCCAGUACUGUCAGUUCUACUGGAUGCGGCUGCUCCUUGUUAACUAACCGAGUCCAGGUCUAUCCACGCCGUCCUGACCUGGUAUUGCCGGAGGGCGCGACCGUUCUUCCUUUCAGUGACGAUGUUUGGGUGGCAGUCAGCCUACCUACUCUCAACCAUUAAGGCAGAAGAAAACUACGCCUUAGGAACGUUGCGGUAGACAAGAACUGGAGCCGGUGCUUUUGUGAAGUUGUAGCUUCUGCCAAGUUUAAUUUACCUCAGGCGUAGUGCUAGCUGGCAAACGGAACAUGUCCAUGCUGCAGGAACCAUGGUUAUUAGCUUCGAUGUUUAGACGGAUGAACUCUUGUAUCGUAUCUACCUAAUUAGUUGCCCAACUAUCUUAGCAGCAACGUGAAUUGAACUUCUAUUAUAGUUCCCAACCUUAAUUAACCGUGUUAUAUGUUUUUUUUAUAUAAAAAAACAACUUAACUUUGUUGGACUAUCGGUU